UCAGCGCCCUCCUCGACGGCUUCCGCUUCCCGGGUUAGAGGUGCUGGAGCGUGCGCCGCGGGCAGGGGCGGGCUGAGCUAAAGCCCUGCUUUAAAACAACCACCACCCCCAGUGAAGGAAUAUGAUAAAAGUUUGUACGUAUUGUUUCAGCCCUGAGACCUGUGAGGACAGCAGGUCUUUGAAAGAGGGAUUAAGGAGCAGGGGAGCUCGUCGCACGGCGCUACGGAUGCCAGGAACGGGGAGGCGACCGCGGCGUGAGGCGGGCAGCACGCGGGCCGUUGCCCGGCGCCCAACGGACGCGCGGGGCGCAGCCGUUGGGGCGUGGCGGGCCCGCCCCGGCCAGCAGGGCGGGGGCACGGCGGGGAGCGAGGAGGCGGACGCAGCGGGAUAAUUCAGAAUGCAUUUUUUUGCACUGCUAGUAAAAAGAAGAAAACCCUUGGAUUAUUAGAAUCAAGUGAACGUCAAGUGAAUGUCACAGAAUUCAGUACUGAGAUACUGACUUUUUCCAUGCAUUACAUGAUCAGUCUGAUUAAACAAGGGACUUUCUGCAUCACAGCGUAUUCAUUUCUUGGUUAGACUGGGAUUGUAGAAAUCUGAGGACUCAAAACAUUGGAAAGCUGUAUGAGGAAUUGAUGCUCCUUUAAACUGAGGUGUUAAAGACCGAAGAUCUGAAGAAGAUAAACCAUGAGCUAAGGCAACAUGUCAUACAACUGCUUGAGAAGGAGGAAGUGGUUGAAAGUCAAGCGGGUAGGCUGUCGUGUAAAAAUGAUCAUCUGUGUAAAGAACUUGCUGUAAUUGCCUACCUGUCUGAGCAGCUGCAAAAAGGAAAACAUUUCUUACUGAAUACCACUGAUAAGGAGCUUGAGGAAGCAAAGAUUCAAAUCCAACGCUGGCAGAACAAGAUAAAGAAGCUGUCACACGCUAAAAUCUGUUAUUUUACAAACAGAAGGUGAAAUAAAGCAAGGGAAGCCACCUUCCAGGCUUGAUAUAUUUAUUAAGGCAUUAGAAGAGGACAGAGACUACUAUAAAAGUGAACCUGAGAAUUUGCGGAAGGUAUUUAGAAACGUGUUUUCAAGUCAUAAGUGGAGCUCUAACUGUGGCAGCAUGUCAAAAAAAAAAUCAGCCAUCCAGGAACUGAGUUCUGAUCUGGAAGUUUUGAAAAUAUUGAGAGAGCGUGAAGGACUUAAAUCAACGCUGAAAAAGCAUGAACGCCAUGUGGCGGAAAUUCAGGGUAACUUGAAAGUUUUAACAGCUGAGAGAGACAAAAUUGCCAAGCUUUAUGAAAGGGCACAGGAAGAGAUUUCCCGGCUUCGUCAGGAAUUUAUCAAAUGCCCCAGGACUCCUAAAAGUACUGUGACAGCUCAAGCUAUGUUAAGGCAUGUGGAGACAGAAAGGGAUACAGCACUGUCAGAUUUCCGAAGGAUGACUACAGAGCGUGACAGUCUCAGGGAGCAGUUAAAGAUUUCCCAAGAGGCUGCAUUUAAUGAAAAGGCUCAUUUGCAGCAGAGAAUUGAAGAGCUAGAAACUACUAUUCAAAAUUUAGAUAGUGAACGGUUAGAACAGAUGUCCAAAAUGGCACUAAUGAAAGAGAACAUAGAUUCUCUGGAAACCGAGAUGAAAAUAUUGGCAAGAAGAGCCCUGGACUCAGAAAAUGAGCUGAGCCGCCAGAAAGCUGAAUAUGUUUCACUUAGCUUAUGGAAUGAAGAGACAGAACAGAGUCUUUCAGAGACUCAGAGAAGCCUUAUUAAGAAAAAAUAUGAAAUGCAACUUUCAGAAGAGAAAAUUAGACUCUUGGGUGAGAAAAUUGAUAACUUUUCGAAACAAAGUCUUGUACAGCAAGAGAAGAUCUGUGCUUUGAAAGAAACAAUUGUGCGACUUGGUAAAGAGAAGGAAACUUUGCAAGAGUGUGUGGAAGAAGAAAGAGAGAAGAUUGUCGCUUUUGAGGAAAACCUGACAAUUAAAGAGAAAACCAUUUCAGAUUUCAAGACUCUGAUUGCUGAGCUGGAGCGUUCCACAAAAAAAUCUGCUGAAGCGCUCUGUAUCAGUGAGAAAGAUAUCACCAGUUUGCGUCAACAGCUACAAGACACCAACAAAGAACUUGCACAGACUAACAAGAACAGAGAAUCAUUAGCUCAGGAGAAUGACAGGUUACAAGAGCAUCUUUCUAAUAUUGAGCAAGAAAAUCAGGCACUGUAUAAAAAAAUAGAAAACUACCAGAAUGAGCUUGAUGACAUGAAGCUGAAAGCCCAGGACUCAAACACACACAUAGUCAGGCUGAGGGGAGAACUGAAGUCUAAAGAGAGAGAGAACUGCAAGCUUUUGGAGAAUUACCACCAAGCACGUGAACAAGGAGAAAGCUGGGAAGCAAAGUGCUGUCAAGCAGAAACAGAUUGUAGCUCUGUUCGACUGGCACUAAUCAGUGCAGAAUCUGAGAACCGCAGGCUGAAAGAGAAAAUGAAGUCCCUUGAAACAGAGAUAGAGCAACAUUUAGCAACAGAAGAAGCAUACCAGUCUCAGAUUUCUACUUUAUGCAAGUCUCUUGUGAAAAUGGAAGGAGAGCUUCAAAACAUACAUCAGGAGAGAGUCUCUAUACUUGCAAACCUCACAUCUACACAAGAACUUUGCAUUAAAUUAGAUGCAGGCAAAGAACUAUUAAAUCAGCAGUUAACUUCCACAGCAGAGAAGGCAGAAAGGCUGCAGAGUGAGUGUGAGUCUUCCUAUUCUGAAAUAGAGCUGCUGAGAAAACAACUGGGAAAUGAAAGAGCAUCUCUGAAAAACCUGGAAUCUUUGCUUGCAUCCAAUUGUGAGAGAGAAUUUGAGUCACAGAUAGCAAAGCAAGAAAAAGACUCCGAAAUUCAGCUUCUCAAGGAACAGCUUUCUUUAGCGGAAAAUAAGCUUGCUGUGCAGAGCCGAGAUUUUACUCAGCUCAGAAAUACAACAGCGCAGCUAGAGUCAGAACUGGACAUCACCAAAAGACAGCUGGGGACUGAGCGGUUUGAAAGGGAACGUGCUGUACAGGAGCUUCGACACCAAAAUCGUACAAUCCCCUAUCAGUUAAGCUCUACGUUAAGAACACCAUCACCUGAAUGUACACACCGUCGAUCUCUGGAUUGGUCCCUGGAAGGACCUGAUUGAAAAGACUUUCUGUACAACUUUUGUAGAUGAUAGGAGUGCAAAGAUUGUCUUUCUCUUCAGAGAGCAUUAUAGCACUUUUGCACAAUACAGUCUAAUUCUUCAAAUCAUCUGGAUUGACUGCUGAAGAGACUGGAAGGCCUGCUUAUAUUGCUUUCAGAAAUCUUAAAUUUUUGCACAUGGAAACAUCAGAAAGUAUUUCUAUAUUCACCGAACAUUAAACAAAUUAGACUUGGUUUUGUUUUGUUUUGUUUUCUAGGAAUUCUUCAUUCAAGGACUUUUAAUGCUAUAUUCACAAUGGCCUGUGAAGACCCUGCACAUGAUCUGGAGAGUUAGAGUUCAAGUUUAAUUUUAAUUUCAUUAUCAUUUUUCCCUGCUGAAUGCUUAAUUUCAUUAAAUCUAUUUCACAAAUGCUUGCAUGGGCUUUUGGACACUCUUAAUGUUGUUCAGCAGGAAGAAAUCAGUCUAGAUGGCUUCCCUUCCCUCCUUUCUGCCAUCUCUUUUAUUUUUGUGUGAUACAGCCCAUCUCAGUAAACAGAGAAAAAUGCAGGUUCUGUUGAAUGUACUGACACUGUGCUUAUUUUAAAAAGUGCCUUAUUUUAAAAAGUGAUAUAACUGAAAAAGGGGAUAUAAUAUAACAAUAUGAAACUUUAUAAAGGUGUCUAUAUUCAGGUGUUAGAAUUUGAAUGUAUUGUUGCUGAACUGUGUGAAGAUUAUGCUUGAAAGAGUUUUUCUUUUUUUCCCCCUUAAAACCUGACCUACUCCUUAAUUUGGCUAAAAGAGGAUAGUGAUGUCAGGAGAUACAGCAGUGUUGUGAUACCUAUGUAUGAAGAUAUGUAUUUUUCGUAUCUUUCUGAUAUAGGUAUACACUUGAGGUGUGUUCAACUUUUGAGAAUUUUACUACAACUGCACUGAUUUUCUACUUAAAGAGCUUUUUAAUAUGAAUGAAUACUGUUUGGUGAUAGUUAUUGUUGCUUAAUCUUGCUCAAAAUUUCAGCUCUUUAUAUCAUAAUACUUGUCACUGUUAUAUAUUUGCCAACUUUAAAUGCCAGGAGGGAAUGUAGAAUUCUCUCCUAGAAACCAACUGGAAAAUCCCUGCCUCUGUCUUUGGCAAUAUAUAAAUAAUUCCUAUUUAAAUCAGUAAAUUAUUCACUUUUUGCUUUUGCUUUUUUUAAACAGUUCAUCCUUCUUACUGUAUUCCCUUCCUCAAAAGAAACAAUACUUUAUUCUUCAAUGGAGGUGACUUGAUUUUAAUUUGUAGGUCCUGAUUCUUCCUUCUUUAUUUAUGGCACUCUUACUCAGCCACGGAAGUCAUUUCAGCAGUCACCAGUGUUAAUGGGACUACUUGCAAGUAAUAAAGACAGCGGGAUCAGACUUAAUGAUAUUGUACAUUUCCUCAUUAUGCAGUUAUUAAAAGGUAUAUUGUACGCUAUUCCCAGAUGAGAGAAGAUGAUCAUCUCAUCAUCCCAGAAGAUAUGAAAGAGUGAUACGUUGUUUUGCAGUCAUAUUGCCAUGCAGAUUUUUUAGAAGAUCAUCACAAAGAAGUUUGAGAAAUGUGAUCUUAGUCUGUAAAACUAAUACCCUGUAAUUCAGAAGACAAGAUUAAAAGGUUAAAUUAAUAUAAAAUAGAUAAAACUAGGUUCUUCCUGGGAGUGGAUAUGCUGUGCAGAGGGCUGUGUCCUAAUAUGUAAUUCCUUAGUUGCAAUGAUGUUAACUUUUCCGUAUAAGAUCAUAAAGAAGUCAGUAACUAGGUGCUCCCCUACCAAAUGUUACAGAAGGUAAAAGCUCAAGAUUCUUAAGCAAUUUGGACUUUUAUGUCUUUAUGUAAGUAGAAAGGAUUACAGGAAUAUGAGAUUAAAAAUAUCAAGAUGUAAUAAACCUACUUUUUGUUAAAAAAAAAAAGUGAUAAAGUGAUAGGCUUUAUUACUGGGAUUAGCCUUUGUUUAGAAAACAGUAUGGAAACAAGGACUUUAUUUUUCUGCAAAUUGCAAAAGGAUCAUCAGGUCAUGGAUGGGGCCAAAAGAACUUUUGUCAGUUCCAAUGGGCUAUAGACCUCCAGUGACUUCUGACAGCAAUUAGUUGCUAUAUGAUUAUUCAUAGUUAAAAAAAAAAAAUCAUUCAGGUGAGCAUAUUCAGAGAGCAAAGAGCAGUUGCACUGUAGUGGCAACCCUGCUACUUCUGACUUGAUGCAAAGUCAGAAACUGAAAGAAAAAGAAAGAAGAAAGAAAAGCGAAAAAAGAAUAAUGAAUUGAAUUUGCUUAAAUUUGCAAAUAAUACAUUUCAGUUUAACAAAAAGCCUGCUUGUUGACACAAAAUGUUUGCUGUAACCAAAGAGGACUUGAACAGUGUGUGUUUGUUGGGACUUGCGUGUAUUGUUCUAGCAGUAUAUUCUAAAAAUCUUCAUACCAAUGCUGAAUGUGAAAGUUUGCUUCAUCCUUAAAUAAAAAUAAAUAAUGAGCUCAGAAUUUUGGAAGUUCUCUACUUCUGGUGGCAAAUUCUCAAAUCUUUUUUAACACAUCUUAAUUUUUCCAUAAAGCAGGAAGUGCUAUUGAAUAUGCCUGAAAUGAAAUGUAUUAUAUUUUGUGACAGUGUCUAUUUUCUUAUCAUGUUGUUUAUGCAUCAUAGGGUGAUUUUCUUGCUGUUGCUUUAUUAUAGUAUUUUGUUUGGAAAUAAACAUAUAAAAAAUCUAUUUACCAUUUGUUUACAUUUGUGACUUAUUUAUAACUGUGAACAAUGCUAUACUUAAAAACUUGAUUUUUAUACAUUUUUAAAUUACCAUUUACCACAAUAUUUUUACAAAGGCAAGCCUAAAUAAAUAUUUUUCAUGAAAUAAGAGCGUGUUGAACUUGAUCUCAGAUAUUGUGCGAUGAUCUAAAAUGAUCUGUUUUGCACAACAAAAGAGCCUAUAGUAUUUUUAAAAGGGUUCAGGUUCUUCGGCAGCAAUGUUUUUGUAAUUUCUAGCCACUGUUUUUGGAGCUAUUUCAUUUAAUUUUGCUUACUUGUGGCUGUGGAAACUGUUAUCAUUAACCACUAAAAGGUAUUUUCCUUGAGCAUAACUGGUUGUCAGGAUUUGUAGAUUAAAGAACUUGGUGCCUUUGGUAUCCUCCAUCCUUAGUCUCUUCUUCAUCCUAGAAGAAAUAGAAGCUACUACUUACAGGAAACAGUAUCUCUGCUUACACAUAUAGUUCUAACAAAGAGGAAGAAUUCAUUGUUUUGCUGGGCAGAAGUAUUUCACUGUUUUGUUUGUUUGUUUGUUUGUUUUUUCUAAAAUCUAUGCAGGCAAACUUUCAGCAGCAUUUGAAGCCAUAUACCUACAUGAUUUCUGCUGCAGUCUCCACUGAAAGUCAACCAGAUUUAUUUAUUUUUUAUCAUUUUUCUGUUCAGUCACUAAUAAAGCUUGAUCUUCACUAACAUGUAAUCAGAGUUAAGAUUCUGGUGCCAGUGUUAAAACAAGUGUUUUUAGCUUUUAUCCUGAAAUAAUGAUCAUGGCGUGGAGUGGCAGUGGUAGUACCAGAGAGAACUAUUUUUUUCCUUUCUUCUGAGGACAACUAAUCCGGUCAGUGUCACUGCAGGCUGUAGAGUUUUAAGACAGCCACAUGGCUAUUAGCACCAGAUGCACUUUAGCAGCUCAGUUUACUCUUGCUUUUUGUAUAUUUAUUUUAUCUGAUUUUG